AAUAGAACUCUCGGGCACUCGCCUGGCUUAAGUGGCGUUCUCCAAAAGACGACUCUCUGUUUGAGUUUCUCGGGCAAAAGUAAGGGAUUGAACCGACGACGAUGGUGACCAUCAAGGCCGUUAAAGCUCGACAGAUCUUCGACAGCCGUGGAAAUCCGACCGUUGAAGUUGAUUGCACUCUUUCCGACGGAACUUUGGCUAGGGCGGCUGUUCCCAGUGGUGCUUCAACAGGUAUCUAUGAAGCUUUGGAGUUGAGAGAUGGAGGCUCGGACUAUCUCGGAAAGGGUGUCCUUAAGGCUGUAGGGAAUGUGAAUUCCAUCAUUGCACCUGCCUUGAUUGGCAAGGACCCUACAGAACAGGCCAAAAUUGACAACUUUAUGGUACAAGAACUAGAUGGGACAGUUAAUGAAUGGGGCUGGUGCAAGCAAAAGCUUGGUGCAAAUGCUAUAUUGGCAGUCUCGCUUGCUGUAUGUAAAGCAGGAGCCAUGGUGAAGAAGAUUCCCCUUUACAAGCACAUUGCUAAUCUGGCUGGUAACAAGACCUUGGUGCUUCCUGUACCUGCCUUCAAUGUCAUCAAUGGGGGUUCGCAUGCUGGAAACAAACUGGCAAUGCAGGAAUUUAUGAUUCUUCCUGUUGGGGCUUCCUCUUUCAAAGAAGCCAUGAAGAUGGGCGUGGAAGUUUAUCAUCACCUGAAGGCUGUGAUUAAGAAGAAAUAUGGUCAAGAUGCCACCAACGUUGGUGACGAAGGUGGAUUUGCCCCUAAUAUUCAGGAAAACAAAGAGGGCCUUGAACUGCUGAAGACAGCUAUAGCAAAAGCAGGAUAUACUGGAAAAGUUGUGAUUGGAAUGGAUGUCGCCGCUUCUGAAUUCUAUGAUAUCAAUGAUAAGACUUAUGAUUUGAACUUCAAGGAAGAGAACAAUGAUGGAUCACAGAAGAUAUCUGGAGACAGUUUGAAGAACGUCUACAAGUCAUUUGUGUCUGAAUAUCCUAUUGUAUCUAUAGAGGACCCAUUUGAUCAGGAUGACUGGGAACACUAUGCAAAGUUGACCUGUGAAAUUGGUGAGCAAGUGCAAAUUGUUGGUGAUGACCUACUCGUGACAAACCCCAAGCGUGUAGAGAAAGCAAUCAAGGAGAAGGCCUGCAAUGCUCUCCUUCUUAAGGUGAAUCAAAUUGGUUCAGUUACUGAAAGCAUUGAAGCUGUGAAAAUGUCUAAGCGUGCUGGUUGGGGUGUUAUGGCAAGCCACCGAAGUGGUGAGACUGAGGAUACUUUUAUCGCAGACCUUUCAGUUGGUUUGGCUACGGGCCAGAUCAAGACUGGAGCUCCUUGCAGAUCAGAGCGCCUUGCUAAAUACAAUCAGCUUCUUAGGAUUGAAGAAGAAUUGGGAGGUGCAGCUGUUUAUGCAGGAGCGAAAUUCCGGGCACCAGUGGAGCCAUACUAAAGCAAUCGCUAGCCGAGUAAUGACCCAAGUGCUUGCAUCUCUUUUUAUUUUGGUGGUUUUUAAUAAAAAGCAGUUGGUUUUGGAGAGUUUAUGGUGGCUGCUGCUGCAGCUGCUGCUGCUGCUGCUAGUGUGUUAAUGUUGCCUUAGAAGUAAUUAUAAGAUCUCGUAUUACCCUCGAGGAGGAGUGCCGUGAUGUAAACCUUUGUUUCGCAAUUGAGAUUUGCUGAUGAUAAUGUUAUAUCUAUCUACCUAUCUUCCUAAAUUCA